AUGUCAUUAAAUCACACCUCGCUUGAUGCGGCGGCCACAGAGCGCAAGGCCCGUCUCGCAAAACUCGCGGCUCUAAAGAGAAAGCAACCAGAACCGGAGUCGUUGACAGAGGCUCGUGCUGGUGAUGAAGACCUGGAAGCUGCGGUACCCGAUGUUACCAGGAAAUACCUGUCCGGGAGAAAUUACGAUGCAGAAACUCGCGGACCAAAAUUGGGAUUCGACCAAGCGCCGACUGAAGGAGCGGUCACUCUGGAGGCACAAGCUGCUGAAAUUGCAAGAGUAACGGCAGAGCAGGCGAAAAAGGACGAAGCAGAGGAACAGCCGAUCGAUCUGUUCAAGUUGCAACCGAAGAAACCGAACUGGGACCUUAAACGGGAUCUUGAUGAAAAGAUGAAGAUUUUGAACGUGAAAACGGAAAAUGCAAUUGCGAGAUUGGUACGGCAACGCAUACAGAAUGCACAACAGGCAGCGAAGGCACAGGGAACAAAACGCGACGGGGACGACCAGGGCGAGGAAGUCGGAAUCGAAGGAGAUAUGUUGGUGGAGGGUAUUCAUGUCCGCGAGAGAGAGGAUGAAGCUGAAAGACUAGAGAGGGAUGAAGAUCUAUGA